GUUCAACCUCAUCAGCCGUCUAUCCAAUUUUUGAUUUCUGGUAUCGCAACAAAAACCUUCCACCAGAAGCAUGAACCUCCCUCUGGUUCUCUUAUUAAGUUUUCUCUCCGGUGCUCCACUGGUCGUUUCUGAUUGCAGAAAUCACAACUGCCAGAACGGGGGUACGUGUGUCCCGCAAGACCAGGGCUUCAAGUGGGACUACCACUGUGAGUGCCCGGCUGGUUACAAAGGGGAACAAUGCCAGUGGGAUGACACAAGCGUAUGUGUAGACAACACAAUUACUCCGUGCAAAAACGGCGGCAUUUGCAAGAAUGGAAUAAAUUCUGGAGAAAGAUACUGCGAUUGUCCUGGAAAAAAUGCCACCUGGUUCAAAUACGGGGGACAUUACUGCGAGCUAAUCGAUCCGUGCACAACAUGCCCAUACGGCACUAAAAUCUGCCAAAGCAUUCCAACCCAGAAAAGUGGUCGCUUUUGUCUGGACAACAGCAAAAGAGAAUAUUUUGCUUGAUCGUUACGUCAUGAGGAAUUACCUUCAUUCGUUCUCUAUUACGUUUACUGAUAUUCUUGCUUGCUUGGUGAAACAUUUGAAAAUUUUCAAUUACUAUACCUAACUUACUUUAUAUAUUGUCUGUUCACUAACACUUUUUGUCGUGUAAUUUUAAUCUAUCAUAAUCUAGAGCCAUCUAAAUAAAUAUUAACAAGCAUGCCAAUUGAAACUGUUUGCAAGUUGUUUGUCAAUAAUCAUACCGUUGGUAUUUUUGAAUUUAUUGAAAUUUAACAAACAAGAAAUUUUUCAAUAAAUAUUUAUUUUUAAUUUCAAUCUAAUAAAUUAAAUAAGCGUGUUUCUUAACGUUUGAAUAUAAAAUUACAAAAA